AUGGAUCCCAACACAACAGAAUCAUUCGAAUCGCUGUACGAUGCAUUAAGCUAUGUUGGUUUUGCUUCAGGUUUAUAUAUAAAUCAAACAUUAAUUUUACCACAAAGACAAUCAAUUUGGUCAUCAAUUUUAAAUCUAAUUCCACUUAUAUUAGGAAUUAUUGGUUUAAUUUUUAAUAUUCUUGCACUAUUAAUAUUUACUGCAUCAAAAACCUUUCGGCAGGGCUCAUUUCGUUGUUAUAUUUAUGCUUUUGUACUUGUUAAUUGUGCAAGCAUUUUAACACAUUCAUGGCUUUAUCUAGUAUUUUAUAUUGUUAAUCCAAUGUAUUUAUGUAAAUACAUACAAUAUUUACAACAAUCAUUAGCAACAACGUCACUUUGGAUUAUGGUUUUAUUAUCAUUUGAACGCUCACUUACAUUUAGACGACCAUUAGCAGUUAAGAGUAUGUUAAAAUCACGUACAAUAUGUUUAAUACUUAUAAUUGUAACAUGUUUAUGUUUUUCACUACAUCUUGAUGAAUUAAUUUCUGUUGAUAUAAAAGCAUAUCGUUGGGUAAAUUUUGCUUAUGGUCUUUGUUCAAUAAAACGUUAUUUAGGUUUAGCAACAGAUCGUAUUAAAAUUUUGACACAUUCACUUUCAUUUAUACUUCCUUUUUUAUUUAAUUCAAUUCUUGAUAUCUAUAUAUGUUCGAAUAUUUGUCAACGACGUAAACGUUUAUUUAAAAGAUCAUCAUUAAUUAUGCUAAGUCAUAAAUCUUUUCGAUUAAAAAUUACUUUAACCAAUGAAAUAACAUUAACAUUAUUAUGUCAAUCAAUGUGGUUAUUAAUAACAUAUUUUCCACGACAUCUUUAUUACUUUUUGAUAUCAUUUAAAUUAAUAGAUGAUCAUGAUCGUGAUAAUUCAACAUUAGUUUUUUUAAUACGACAAAAUUUACUUAUGUAUUUAGCUUUUUCACCUACACUUUAUGUUAUAUUAAGUCCAACAUUGAGAAAAGAAAUAUAUUCACAUUUAGGUCAAUCAUAUGAACGACAUAGAAGAACAAGUUCAGCUUAUGUAUUAAGUGCAAAUAAACGAUUAGAAAAAUUUAUCAAUGAUCAUCAACCUUUACCACGUCAACAAAAAUAUAUAGCUUCAUUAAUUGCAAAAAGUGAAGAAUUACCACAAAAAUUUCUUCCAACUCCGAUGAAAAUACCAAGAAAAUGUGUAAUUAAAUAUAAAUCAAAAAGUUCAUCAUGUUUAUUUAUGCAUAGUAAUGAAUAUGCAUUGAAUCAUUUUAAAACACCGGAACGAUCGUCAACAUUACAUCAGUGA